AUGAUGUCAAUGAAUUCACUGGUUGCACUUUCAUUGUUGACAUGGACCAUCUUCACUGAAGUUGAAUCCGGUUCAUUGAACUCUCGUAUCAACGUGUCGGCUGGAGUCUUGGCUAGUUCUGAAAUUUUUGAUUCAUCUGUGAACCAAUGGAAAGCAACUGGAAGUAUGGCAACGCCACGCGAAUAUCAUACUGCAACGCUGCUCAAUUCUGACAAAGUUCUUGUCAUUGGUGGCGAAGGAUUUGCUGGCUAUAUGACCAGUUGUGAAAUAUAUGAUCCAUCCACCGGUCAAUGGGAUGUGAUUGCAAGCAUGAAAACAGCACGCGCCGAUCAUGCUGCAAUUUUACUUGGUUCUGGCAAAGUUCUUGUCGCUGGAGGCAGAGGAUAUUCUGAAUCUUUGAUUAACUGUGAAAUAUAUGAUCCAUUAACGAGUAAAUGGCAUCCUACUGCAAAUAUGUCAAUAGCACGUCCACAUCUUGCUGCAACUGUGCUGAAUUCGGGUAAAGUACUUGUCACUGGUAGUGUAGCUAGUUCUGAACUAUAUGAUCCAGUAACGGGUCACUGGCAAACUCCUACACGCAUGGCUACAGCGCGUUCUGGGCAUAGUGCAACCUUGCUUAAAUCCGGCAAAGUUCUUGUAACUGGUGGUAGUGACGUAGGUAAUUAUCUCACUAGUUCGGAAAUAUAUGACCCAUCAACAGAUCAGUGGGAUACUAUUUCAAGUAUGUCAACAGCACGCUCUAGUCAUGCUGCUAUUUUGCUGGGCUCUGGUAAAGUUCUUGUUACUGGUGGCGUAGGAUAUUCCGAUUUUAUUGCUACCUGUGAAUUAUACGAUCCAUCAACGGGCAAAUGGCACAAUAUUACUAGUAUGACAGCAGAACGUUGUUAUCAUACCACGACGAUGCUCAAGUCAGGCAAAAUUCUUGCUACUGCUGGCUACGGAUAUACGGGUGAUUUAGAUAGUUCGGAAAUAUACGAUCCGUCGACGGGUCAGUGGAAUCCUUCGGCGAAGCUAGCAACAACACGUUCUUAUCAUACUGCAACUAUGCUUACUUCAGGCAAAGUUCUUGUGACCGGUGGUGAGAAUUAG